AUGGCAGGCGGGGUGGGUUACGGAGGAUACGGACUCGGCUACGGCAGUGGCUAUGGCCUUGGAUAUGGGGGAGGCCUGGGAGUCGGAGGUGCGGGUGCCGGCGGCGUGGGUGCUGGCGGUGUUGGUGUCGGCAGCAGCGUGGCCCUUCUUCGCGGUGGACCUGGACUGUACAAGGCUGUACCCGGCCCUGCCUUCCUGGUCAGGACCAUCCACCAAGUUAACAAGCUGUCCAGCGGCGGAGCACUGGUCGCACACUCCGGCCUCGGAGCAGGAUCAUACGUUGGAGGCGCCGGACUCGGUGGGGGCUACGGAGGUGGCUUGGGAUAUGGCAGCGGUUUAGGAUAUGGUGGCGGUUUGGGAUAUGGCGGCGGUUCGGGAUACGGAGGUGGUCUGGGAUACGGCGGCGGCUACGGAUACGGCGGCUACGGUUACAAGGGUUGAUUGGGCUGCUGACUUAUGUGAUAAUUUUCAUCUCACAGGGUAACUCAUCGCCAAAAAGUCACCGCCGGCAGAGAAACCGGCCAACGCAAGUCUGAAAAUAGAUUCAGCCCACAGCAGGAAAAGUGCAAAUAUGGUUGAUUUGAGUAGUUGGCUGAAUUGGAACGUCAUCACAAUUAUAGAAAAGCAAAAAAAAAAAUUACUGUUCAACUAUAGUAAUCGCCACCGCUGAUGAUGCAAUGUAUUUUACUGUUUCACGUUCGCCGUCAAGACGAGUCAUUUGAUGUGCGAUUUUUUAAAUAUAUUGAGGUCACUAUAACAACCCUGAACUGAAAACAUUGGGUUGUCCCGGUGCCAUCGUUAAUAAAUUAUUCAUUCAUAGAACGCGCGCUUAAAGAAAAGGAGGACUUGCAGGUAUUUGGUAACAUUGCAGCUUAUGAUGAAAAAGAAAAUGCCACAAGUUAGCAUGUCCUUAUCGUGC